GGAUUAACGACAGGGUAUACAUCGUCGGGACCUGCAUUUACCUCGCGCUAUUGCGCCCCAGAAGUCUUUGACAGCGGCAUCAAGACGACAUUCGGUGAUGUUUACUCCUUCGCUUGCACUUGUAUCAUGAUACUUUUUGAUAAAAGGCCCUUCCCUUCGCUUAAGAGGGAUGCCGAACUAUUCGAUGCGUUAAGAGAUGGUCGAUUGCCUUGGGACUGGAAGCAAUCCUCUCCCGUGGAGAAAAUACUAUCCAGUUGCUGUGCGGUUUCUCCUGAUGCGCGACCGACGAUGGGGGAGGCCUUUGGAUCACUCGUAGACGCCUGUCCCGAGCUAGACUCAUCUUCAAGCUUCGAGAUGCCCGACCUUAAAAUCAAGGCGCUACCGCCAGCAGGGCCCACCAACGGCCCGGCAGACCCACCCUUCGCACUGAGCGGAGAUAGUACGGAUCCGAAGGAAGUGGCCAGUAAGGUUCAGUCGUUGCCGGAGUUGACGCCUGAACUCUUCGACACCGGAGUUGAUGCGUCGGUUGCUAUUUCCCCUGAAGCUCAAGAUGGUAUCCUUGGAUUGGAGCCGCUGCCCGGCCUGUUGCUGGCGCGCGUAUCGCCCGAUCCCCUAAAGACGGUGCAGACAGGAGAAACAAAUAUCGUAUCGCUGCAGCAAGAGGCUGAAACUCCGAGGCAAAAGAUCAACAAUCUCGCAGCAGGGGGUGACCUGGCGGUUUUAACUCUUAGAGGCAUCAAUACUACCGCAGAUUGGUGUCCACCCAUAAAGAAUGCGACUGGUGCUGCACUCUUCAUCUUCGACGAGGCUAAAAACUUCAAGGAGAACGCUAGGGAAUGGACUAAUUUCGGGGAAUACGUGGCAACGACCAUGGCCGAUGCUGCUUCGGCAAUAAAGUCCGGCGAUGUGUCAGAAUCAGAAGCAAUGUCAUGGGUGGAAAGUGUCACCGAUCUUGAUGGCGCGCUACAGAAGAUUAAGUCCGAAAUUGAAAAACGAGAAAAAGUAGCGAAACGAUCGAUUAACAGAAAAACAUUCUCUUCCUUGAGAAGAAUUGAUGACCUGAAGAAGGAUUUUGACAAAGCAUUGGCAUUAUUCCAGGUUAGGACGAAGUUGAUAACGGGUGCCAAGUUAGCGGUGAUAGAACAUCGUAUACACGACGACAAAAUUCUCGAUAGUCUCCGAUGCCCUAUUGUCCAUGAUGGUUCCACUCAGGCGUGCCUGGAGGGCACUAGGGUUGAUCUCACUGAACGUAUCAUGGCAUGGUGCUACAACACCGGGGAUAGCGAGAACCGGCUAAUGCUGUUGACUGCUGUGGCCGGUGCUGGCAAGACUUCGAUUGCACUCACGAUAGCAGAACGAUGUGCUAGUGAUGCUACCCUGUUACUGCUCUUCUUCUUUAAAGCGGGCGAACAGUCGCGGCCCGAUUCUCUAUUCAGUGGCAUAGCUCGAGCUUUGGCAGACCAUGACCCCGUUUACCACACUUUCAUUACCUCUGCUCUUCGAAAGGACCCUAGUCUUUCAACAGCUUCACUCACCACGCAAUUCCAGGAAUUGGUCGCUCCACCUCUGCUCCAUAAACCUCCACCUCCUGACCGUCCUAUGGUGAUAAUCAUCGACGCUUUGGAUGAAUGUGACGAAGACGUGUUUGAGCCCCUUGCCGAAAUCCUUAGGGACGAAGUGUCUAUGCUACCAUCUUCCGUCAAAUUCUUCAUCACAUCGAGACAAUUUGAUCUCGUGAAUCGCUACCUCUCCCCCGAUUACCCUAUUGAUCGUCUCACUAUUGAUCUCUUGGAUGAGGCAAAUGUGCAGGACUGUGCUAGAUUCAUACGCUUCCAGCUGCAAAGGCUAAAAAAGUUACAUCCGGAUUUACGGCAUCGCCUUCAUGACGAGGAUAAAAUGGUACAGGAGAUCUCGGAACGAGCAAAUGGCUUGUUUACCUGGAUCAGCACCAUCUUUCGCUACAUGAAGCUGGCCAAAAAGAAUCCUAUGAGGACACUAGAAAGUCUGCUUGACACUGGUGCCAAACGACCAGAGGUCCCUGCCGAGAAGAUGAUGGAUGACUUGUAUACGAGCAUUUUGAAGAAAUGUGCUUGGGAGGAUGAAGAUUUUGCUCACGAUUACCCAAUUGUGAUAGGAGCAAUCUUCGUCGCCCAGCAGCCUCUGUCCAUGACAGCCUGGGAUACAAUUCUGUUGCCUUUCCUCCAGUCUUCUGUUCGAUAUGUGUUGGCUGAACUUGCACCUCUCCUCUCAGGAGUUGAGGAUCACUACACUCCGGUUCGCAUCUUGCACCAAUCUUUCCGCGAUUUUAUUGUCAAUCGGAUCAAUUCCCAAACAAUCAGCCCUCAUUGCAGACCAGUAACUGUGGGGAUAGAGAAUGCCAGGGUUGCCCUGCGAUGUAUCGAGAUCCUGAACCAGGAUCUCUGCUCUGUAGAGGGCUUAGGAUUGAUUGAAAACGUGUCUGAAAAAGAUGAAAUGCCACCCAUUCCUCCAAACGAGUUAUCUGAGCACUUUCAUUAUGCAUGUUGCCACAUUAUCCAUCAUCUCAGCGGAGUCCAGGAACCGACACAGCAGCUUGCUGGGUCAGUUGCUGUGUUUCUGAGUCAGGAAGCAACUUGCUGGAUGGAGGUUUGUGUGAGAAUGGAAACCUAUGUCAGUAUCUCUUUACUCCCUGAGUGGGCUAAGCUGGCUGUUGUCCACAGGUCGAAAGAUGCUGUCGGCACACUGACUAAUGUGCUUACUCGACUUCACUGGAAUUUGGGAUUUUUUUCAAGAUUCCAGGAGGCAUAUGAGGCAGCAAACGAUUCUGUUGCACUCUGCCGUUACCUUUUUUCUGUGGACUCAAGUUCCUAUGCUCCACAUUUGGCCGAGUCACUCAACAGUCUAUAUAGUGCCCUUUACAAACUCGGACGGCACUCGGAGGCACUCCCAUUUGCUGAAGAAAGUGUCAAACUCCGGCGCCAGCUGGUUGCCAUUAACCCAGGAUACACCCCGGAUUUGGCCAUGUCACUCAACAAUUUACAUAAUGCUCUUUCCAAUCUCGGACAGUACUCAAAGGCCCUCCUAUCCAUCAAAGAAAGUGUCAGACUCUACCGCCAGUUAGUUGUCGUUAACCCAGGAUUAAUCACCCCAGAUUUGGCCUUGUCACUCAACAAUCUACGUAAUGCUCUUUCCAAACUCGGACGGCACUCGGAGGCGCUCCCAUUUAUUGAAGAAAGUGUUAAACUCUACCGCCAGUUAGUUGUCAUUAACCCGGGAUCAUACACCCCAGAUUUGGCCAGGUCACUCAACAAUCUACGUAAUGCUCUUUCCAAACUCGGACGGCACUCGGAGGCGCUCCCAUUUAUUGAAGAAAGUGUCAAACUCAACCGCCAGCUAGUUGCCAUUCAUCCGGAAUCAUACACCCCAGAUUUGGCCAGGUCACUCAACAAUCUAUAUAAUGCUCUUUCGGAUCUUGGACGGCACUCGGAGGCGCUCUCAUUCAUUGAAGAAACUGUUCGACUCUGGCACCGGCUAGUUGCUGUUCACCCAGGAUCAUACACCCCAAAUUUGGCUGGGUCACUCAACAAUAUAUAUAAUGCUCUUUCACAUCUCGGACAACACUCGGAGGGGCUACCAUUCAUUGAAGAAAGUGUUCAACUCUACCGCCAGUUAGUUGCCGUUCACCCAGGAUCAUACACCCCAAAUUUGGCCGGGUCACUCAACAAUCUAUAUAAUGCUCUCUCGCAUCUCGGACGGUACUCAGAGGCGCUCCCAUUCCUCGAAGAAAGCAUUAAACUUUGGCGCCAGUUAUUUGCUGUUCACCCAGGAUCAUAUGCCCCGAAUUUGGCCGGGUCACUCAACAAUCUAUAUAAUGCUCUUUCGCAUCUCGGACAGCACUCGGAGGCACUCCCAUUCAUCGAAGAAUGUGUCACAAUCUGGCGCCAGCUAGUUGGCAUUAACCCAGGAGCACACACCCCAAAAUUGGCCAAAUCAGUCGAGAAUCUACGUAAUGCUCUUUCCAAUCUCGGACGUUAUUCCGAGGCGCAAAUGGUCCACAUUUGAACGCGUUCCCCUCAUCAUUGCGCUUCCCACUUUGCCACUGCCCAUGCCACAGCUCGAGAAUCAAUUUUUGAUUGCAAGCCUCUAUUGAUACAAUAUUUUCAACAUUCACUGGCCACGCUAUACCUACAAUGAAUCACGGUUACAUCCUACAAUUUCAAUAUCAAAUUCUU